UGUGCAGAGCUCGGCUACUCCUGUCUUACCAUCCCGGAAGUGCCCCGUGCGCCGGUGGCUCGGCGAUCCCCUCCAGUUCUCCGAGCUUUGGCCGAUUUCAAGGUAAUAAUGUCAUCAAAAUAGAUAAGAGCGUAUAUCUAUCUGUCUUCUUGAUUCCUGGAGUAGAGACGGGGGUCUGCUUUACUUCUUGAGAAUUCCUCUUUAAAGGACAACUCCAGGCGGUGAAUCUCUGAAGCUCUCACAAUGCCAUACCUGGGGUCAGAAGAUGCAGUGAAAGACCUGAAAAGGGCGCUGUCUAAUCCUCACAUCCAGGCAGACAGACUGCGGUACAGGAAUGUCAUCCACAAGGUGAUUCGACAUAUGACUCAGGGAGUGGAUGUAUCCAGUGUUUUCAUGGAGAUGGUUAAGGCCAGUGCCACUGUAGAUAUUGUACAGAAGAAGCUAGUUUACUUGUACAUGUGCACAUAUGCUCCUCAACAACCUGACCUUGCCCUCCUUGCUAUCAAUACUCUGUGUAAAGACUGUUCAGACCCGAACCCCAUGGUGAGAGGACUAGCACUACGAAGCAUGUGUAACCUCAGAAUGCCAGGCAUUCAAGAAUACAUACAGCAGCCUGUUCAGAAUGGUCUAAGAGAUAAAGCCUCCUAUGUGAGACGGGUAGCUGUGCUGGGAUGUGCUAAACUGCAUACUCAGCAAGGAGACAUGGAAGUUGAUGGAGCCAUUGUGAAUGAGCUGUACAGUUUGCUUCGAGAUCCAGAUCCAAUUGUUUUGGUGAACUGCCUGCGAGCUUUAGAAGAAAUUCUAAAAACAGAAGAUGGAAUAGUCAUUAACAAACCUAUAGCUCAUCAUCUUCUUAACAGGAUGGCUGAUCUGGAUCAUUGGGGACAGGGUGAAGUUCUGACAUUUCUCCUUCGCUACAAACCACGCAGUGAAGAAGAGAUUUUUGAUAUUCUUAACAAACUGGACUGUUAUCUGAAGAGCACACAUAUCAGUGUAGUCAUGGGAGCAACCAAACUCUUCUUAAUUUUAGUAAAGGAGUUUCCUCACGUGCAGACAGACAUUCUUGUCCGACUGAAAGGUCCACUGCUUGCCUCCUGUACCUCUGAAAGCAGAGAGAUGUGUUUUGCUGCCUUGUGCCAUGUCCGAGAGAUUCUCCGCAGUUUGCCAGGGCAUUUUAGCAGCCAUUACAAGAAAUUUUUCUGCUCAUACAAUGACCCUCACUAUAUUAAGAACCAGAAGAUCGACAUCCUUUGUGAACUGGUUAAUGAUGAAAAUGUACAUAAUAUACUUGAAGAACUCCGAAUAUGUUGUACAGAUGUAUCAAUACAGCUCGCCCACACUGCAAUCUUUGCAAUAGGUCGUAUUGCAAGAACAUACAGUGAGAUGUGUGUGAAAAUCUUGGCAGGCUUACUGGAGUUCAAACAAGAGCACAUUACAUCAGCUGUCAUACAGACAUUUCGGGACCUUGUUUGGCUGUGCCCUCAGUGUGUAAGUUCAGUGUGCCAAGCCCUUCCUGGCUGUGAAGGAAACAUUCAGGAUAAUGAGGGCAAGCAAGCCUUAAUAUGGCUUCUGGGAAUGCAUGGAGAGUUCAUAACCAAUGCACCGUAUGUGUUGGAGGAAUAUGUUGAUAAUAUUAAGACAGAGACCUUGCCAACCGUAAAAAUGGAGCUCCUGACAUCUCUGGUUCGAUUGUUCCUCUGUCGGCCAGCUGAGUGCCAGGAUAUUUUGGGUCGUCUUAUUUAUUAUUGUAUAGAGGAGGAAACAAACAUGGCUGUUCGAGAUCGGGGUCUUUUUUAUUACCGACUUUUGUCAUCUGGAGUGAUUGACGUGCUGAAAGUUCUCAGUGGUCCAAAAUCAGACCCAUCAUUGGGAGUUUUGGUUGAUAGAACAGAGCAACCAAUUAACAGCUGGGUAACAGAUUUCAACACACUGACUCCUUUAUAUGACAAGAAGCCUUAUGGAUCACUUUCUGCCAGUCUCACUAAAUGUGAACUGCCCUUUGUUGCAAAACAGCUUGAAGCCGUAGAUUUGCAGUCACCCGAGAAUCCUGAAGUAUCCAAAGAACCUAUCGACCUAUUCAGUUUAAUUCAUGACAUUGCAAUAACCCCAGAGCUGUUUGAGAAAAAAUGGACUUCUAUAGCUACAGAGCUAUGUUUGAAUAUUAAAUGGAAGCAGGACGCAGAGCCAGACCUCCUACUGACAUCUCUUCAUGUACUGAAUAUUUACACCAUCGCUAAGAGCAAAGCUGGCACCCAGCCGUGGAAGUCUUAUGUCUAUGCACAGGAUGGUAAUGGAAAUAUGUUUCUUGUGGAAUUAAUACUGUGCAUCAAUCCACCCUUCCUUAAAGCCAAAAUUAAACAGGAUAUAGAGAAUAAAGAUACAUUAACUAACUUUGUAUCACUUCUGAAAAAUGCAGUAUCAACAGUUCUGAAACUGACCAGGUAAUGCUAUUAAAAGACUUAUGAUGAUGGAAGGCCAACAUAGGAAAUGUAACCACCAAUGUAAUUGAAGUCAAAUUACAGCCGCGUCAUCACGAUUUGUUGUAAGCAUCAUGCUUUUGCCGUUAUGUCACCUGUAGCUUCAGGCAUGCAUUGGCACUAAGUGGUUUAGAAUCAAAUUUCCCCUGGAGCACUUAUGGAUUUGUUGGAAACCAACAUUUUACUAAAAUAAACUAUUCUAACAGCCAAGAGAAAACACACAGAUGCAUGCCAUUGCAAAAAAAUGAGAAAUGUAGCCAAAUACACGUGCGUUUAUGUAAAUACUGUAUACAUGCAUAUAUAAUUGUAUUUUUAUCAAUUAACUGCUAUAUUAAGUAAAAAAAAUCUACACCAAA